AUGUUAAAGCUUGAGAUCACAGAUCUGAAGACACUGGUCGAGAACCUAGCAAAUCUUAGAGAACUUUAUAACCUAGCAAAUCUUAGAGAACUUUAUCUUGAUGGUGUGAACAUUUCAUUGAAGGGGAUUGAGUGGUGCUCAACUUUAUCUUCAUCUCUUCCUCGGUUGAGAGUGUUAAGCAUUAUAUAUUGCGGCAUUUCAGGCCCUUUUGAUCCCGUCCUCUUAAAUCUUCGUUUCCUUUCAGUCAUUUUUCUUGAUGGCAACAACUUAUCCACUAUAGUUCCUGAAUUUCUAGCAAAUUUUACAAAAUUGACAACGCUCAGUCUCAAUAAGUGCAACUUGAGAGGUGAGUUUCCUAGUAAAAUCUUUCAGAUACCAACUCUACGGGAGCUUGAUUUAUAUGACAAUGAAAACCUCACUGGCACUUUACCUGAUUUUUCGCAGAAUGGUUCAUUAAGGGAGUUAGUGCUUGGACGCAUGAAUUUCAUCGGUUCACUUCCUGAUUCAAUUGCUAACCUCACAACCUUAACCGAGAUUGACUUAAGUUCAUGUAAUUUUAGUGGAACUAUUCCAUAA